AUGGCGGCGCCCCCAAUGAGGAGACGGGCUGAGGUUGGGGUCACCUUUGAGGACAUUGCCCUGUACUUCUCCAGGGAGGAAUGGAGCCUCCUUGAUGAGGGUCAGAGACAGCUGUACCUGAACGUGAUGUUGGAGAACUUUCAACUUCUGUCCUCCCUGGGUUGCUGUUGUGGAGCAGAGAAUGUGGAGGUACCGACGGAACAGAAGAUUUCUGUAGGAAUGUCACAAGCAGGGAAUCCCAAGGUAGCCUUGUCUUCCCAGAAGAACCACCCCUGUGAGAGUUGUGGAAUAGUCUUGGGUAAUAUUUUCCAUGUGAUAGAGUUGCAGGGAACACAACACAGACAGAUACUGUUGAGGUGUGGGGCAUGUGCAAGAUGGUUUUGCUUCAGUGUAAAAUUUCACCAGCAGCAUGUGAGAGAGAAGACUUUCAUUAGAGGUGUGGACAGGAUCUCACUUGCAAACAGCUGCAAUUUCAAUGUGUUCCAGAAUCCUUUCAGUUGCGGGGAGGUUGGGCAGGGUGUCCUUACCGAAUCAGGACAUCUCCACCGAAAUGUUCCUCAGUCCAAAAACAGUCCAAGGAGCACUGGUCUCCAAUAUCAUCAGGGAGUUCACAUAGGAGAAAAGCCUUAUCAAUGCAGUGAAUUGAAUGUGGAAAGUCUUACCAGUCACUCUGGUCUCCAACAUCAUCACAGAGUUCACACAGGAGAAAAGCCUUUUCAAUGCAGUGAAUGUGGAAAAUCUUUUACCUGCAACAGUAAUCUUCGUCGUCAUCACAUAGUUCAUACAGGAGAAAAGCCUCAUAAAUGCAGUGAAUGUGGAAAGUCUUUUUCCCGUCGCCUUGGUCUCCAAUAUCAUCAGAGAGUUCAUACAGGAGAAAAACCUUAUAAAUGCAGUGAAUGUGGAAAGUCUUUUUCCCGUUGCUCUGGACUCCAAUAUCAUCAGAGAGUUCACACAGGAGAAACUUUUCAAUGCAGUGAAUGUGGGAAAUCUUUUACCGGGAACAGUGAUCUUCGCCGUCAUCAGAGAGUUCAUACAGGAGGAAAGCCUUAUAAAUGCAGUGAAUGUGGAAAGUCUUUUUCCAGUCGCCCUGGUUGCUGUUGUGGAGCAGAGAAUGUGGAGGUACCGACGGAACAGAAGGUUUCUGUAGGAAUGUCACAAGCAAGGAAUCCCAAGACCAAAAACAGUCCAAGGAGCACUGGUCUCCAAUAUCAUCAGGGAGUUCACACAGGAGAAAAGCCUUUUCAAUGCAGUGAAUGUGGAAAGUCUUUUACCAGUCACUCUGGUCUCCAAAAUCAUCACAGAGUUCACACAGGAGAAAAACCUUUUCACUGCAGUGAAUGUGGAAAAUCUUUUACCUGGAACAGUUAUCUUCGUCGUCAUCAGAUAAGAGUUCACACAGGAGAAAAGCCUUUUCACUGCAGUGAAUGUGGAAAAUCUUUUACCAGGAACAGUGAUCUUCGUCGUCAUCAGAGAGUUCAUGCAGGAGAAAAGCCUCAUAAAUGCAGUGAAUGUGGAAAGUGUUUUGCCAGUCAGUCUGGUCUCCAAUAUCAUCAGAGAGUUCACCCAGUAGAAAAGCCUUUUCAAUGCAGUGAAUGUGGAAAAUCUUUUACCAGGAACAGUGAUCUUCGUCGUCAUCAGAGAGUUCAUGCAGGAGAAAAGCCUCAUAAAUGCAGUGAAUGUGGAAAGUGUUUUGCCAGUCAGUCUGGUCUCCAAUAUCAUCAGAGAGUUCACACAGGAGAAAAGCCUUUUCAAUGCAGUGAAUGUGGGAAAUCUUUUACGGGGAACAGUGAUCUUCGCCGUCAUCAGAGAGUUCAUACAGGAGAAAAGCCUUAUAAAUGCAGUGAAUGUGGGAAAUCUUUUUCCCGUCGCCCUCGUCUCCAAUAUCAUCAGAGAGUUCAUACAGGAGAAAAACCUUAUACAUGCAGUGAAUGUGGAAAGUCUUUUUCCCGUUGCUCUCAACUCCAAUAUCAUCAGAGAGUUCACACAGGAGAAAAGCCUUUUCAAUGCAGUGAAUGUGGGAAAUCUUUUAAAAGUAGGAAAGGUCUUCAAUAUCACAGAGCUCACACUGGAGAAAGCCAUUAUGAGUGCAAUUAA